UCACACCCCAAUGGCCCAAACUUGCCCGUCACUCACGGCUCCUACGUGUUUCUUUUUUCGUUCUCUUCUCUCUGCAGUUUUUUCUUUGGGAUAUCAUCUUUCUCUAUACAGUUUAAGCUUCUAUAAUCACGCUUCUCUCGCUUCCACAGACCGUAAACUAAAGUAUUAAUAAAACAGAAUAAAAUCACGAAGAUAACGGCGACAGUUCUUAGUCUUGGGUGUGUAAUCUUCUGUAGAACUUAGUCUUAAUUCCGUUCUUUUAUAUGAAACUGGAGCUUUCGAUUCAUGGAUUCGCUCAGAAAUCCAUUCAAAUCUCACGGUUCCUACAACAAGAUGUCUCCGGAAGGAAUAAUAGGGUUUGAAUUGUCUUAUGAAGAGAAACCCAUACUUUCAAUCUCUGGUCACGAUGAUCAUCUCACCAAAUCCGAUGAUCAUCUCCACCGGGGAGAGUUCGUCGUCAAGAUUGAUGGCAACAAUUCCCGUACUAAAGAUGUCGGGCAAGUUAUGGAGCCAAGCGGGAGUAAGAUAUGGAGUGAACCCAGUUACGAUUUCUGGAAAGGAAUAGGAGGAGGAGCAGGUCUGGAGGGCAGAGAUGGAGGUAAUGCGGGCCAAAGCAGUGGUGGUGGAAUGGGCAAUUUUUAUUUUCAACAGGGAGGGGAGGAUCCACCGUCGAAAUUGAUUGGGCAAUUCUUGAAUAAGCAGAAGGAUUCAGGGGAAAUAUCGCUGGAUAUGGAUUUGGAGAUGGAUGAGCUUCAGAUUAAUCACGAUCGAACUUUACCACCUAUUGCAGAGAGCCCGACAGAUAAGUUGUCGAGAGACCUCAAUGUUUCUUUCCAAGAAUCUUCACGGAAUCAUGUCGAAAUCGGCCCAGAGCCUCCCGUCCGGCGACCGUACGAUGACGACUCGUCCGACGAGGAGAAGGAGAAGGAGAAGGAGAAGGAGAAGGAGAAGCCGCGGCAUCAACAACUACCACCACGCGGCGGCCGUGGGUCUUCGAAUUUGGAGGGUCGUGAAUCUCGUGAAGGUAGUGUAGCAGGGGAACGUGGUGGUAGAAGUGCGGUGUUAAGAUGUACCUCUAAUGCUUCAUUCCGUCCGAGUUCCGAGAUGUUGAGGACCAGAACCAAAUCGAGAUUGAUAGACCCGGUGGAAGAAUCAGAACGAAGAUCUAAUAUGAAUUCAACUCCUCCGGCCAAAUCAGGCUUGAUGAAAUCUGGAAUAUUGUCAGGUAAGAUAAAUGAAGAGGAGGAAGAAGAUCCUUUCUUUCUGGAAGACAUUCCAGAUGAAUUCAGAAAGGGGAAGCUCAGUAUAUUAACAUUACUCGAAUGGAUCAGUUUCAUUUUGAUCCUCGCUGUGUUUAUUGCAAGUAUUAUAGUCCCACGUUUAGAGAAGAAGCUUGUCUGGGGCCUUCAUCUAUGGAAAUGGGAAAUGCUGAUUCUAGUUCUUAUCUGCGGAAGGUUGGUCUCUGGUUGGGCUAUUCGGAUUGUCGUCUUCUUCAUUGAGCGCAAUUUUUUGUUGCGCAAGCGGGUUCUGUAUUUCGUUUAUGGUGUGAGGAAGCCUGUUCGGAAUUGCAUUUGGUUGGGUCUUGUUCUUAUCAAUUGGUAUGUCAUGUUAGACUAUAAGGUUAGUCAUGAUAAGACUACCACCAGCCUUUUGUCAUAUGUAACCAAGAUCUUGGUCGGUCUCUUGGUGAAUACUUUGAUAUGGUUGGUGAAGACACUUCUGGUUAAGGUCCUUGCUUCUUCAUUCCAUGUGAGCACCUAUUUUGAUCGGAUUCAAGAUUCUCUGUUCAAUCAAUAUGUGAUUGAGACACUUUCUGGAGCUCCUUGGAUUGAAAUUCAGCAAACCCAGGAAGAUAAUGAGAAGUGUAUGGCAGAGGUUCAGCAGCUUCAGGAUGCAGGGGCAACCAUGCCGCCUGACCUUCGAGCUGCCUUUCCUUCAUUUAAAAGUGGGAGGGUGAUAGGGAGUGGACGGCUACAGAGGAACCUCCCUAAUACCACCAAAAGCUUUAAGUUGUCUGGGACAGCUUCCAAGCAUCAAGAUGAAGGGAUCACGAUCGAUCACAUUCACAAACUGAACCAGAAGAACAUCUCUGCAUGGAACAUGAAGAGGCUGAUGAAUAUAGCUCGGCGUGGAGUCUUGUCGACUCUGGAUGAACAGAUAUUAGAUUCAACACAACAUGAGGCUGAGGAAUCAAAUACGCAGAUAAGAAGUGAAUGUGAGGCAAAAGUUGCUGCAAAGAAGAUCUUCCGCAAUGUGGCUAAACCUGGCUCCAAGUACAUUUACCUACAGGAUCUUAUGCGUUUCAUGAGAGAAGAUGAAGCUCUUAAGACCAUGAGUCUCUUUGAAGGAGCAAAUGACAAAAAGAGAAUCAGCAAGUUUUCUCUCAAGAACUGGGUGGUUACCGCAUUCAGAGAAAGACGAGCACUUGCCUUGACAUUGAACGAUACGAAAACAGCUGUAAACAAACUUCAUCAUAUGUUAAACUUCAUUGUGGCAAUCAUCCUCUUUGUUAUUUGGCUUCUCAUAUUGGGAAUUGCCACAACUCAUUUUCUUGUCUUGAUUAGCUCUCAAGUCCUACUUGUGGUGUUCAUCUUCGGAAACACCUGCAAGACUGUAUUUGAAUCAAUCAUUUUCUUAUUUGCAAUCCACCCAUUCGAUGUUGGUGAUCGUUGUUUAGUGGAUGGAGUUCAGAUGAUAGUAGAAGAGAUGAACAUCUUAACUACAGUGUUUCUGAGGUAUGACAACCUGAAGAUCACAUACCCAAACACUCAACUCGCUUCUUUGCCUAUCAGUAACUUCUACCGUAGUCCUGACAUGGGAGAUAGCAUUGAUUUCUGUGUUCAUGUUUCCACUCCACUUGAGAAAAUUUCUUUGAUGAAACAAAGAAUAUUAAGGUAUACUGAUAAGAAGGAGGACCACUGGUGUCCUGGUUCCAUGGUUGUGCUUCGAGAUGUUGAGGACAUGAACUUACUAAAGAUAUCAGUAUGGGUAACACAUAGAAUUAAUCAUCAGGACAUGGGAGAAAGGUGGGCAAGGAGGGAACCCUUGUUAGAGGAGAUUAUAAAAGCACUUAGGGAGCUCGACAUCGAAUACCGAAUGCUACCUGUUGACAUCAAUCUCCGAAAUAUGCCUAACAUAGCUUCUACACGACUUCCAUCUAAUUGGACUACUUGUUCAAACUAAGGCAGACUAAUCUUCCAGGGUCAGAUGUAUAUCCCGAAUAGUACUAAUCCUCCUGAUAGCUACACUGGGAACAUAUACCGAGAGCAUUUGAAACACAACCUGAUGAGAAGGGAAAGGCAUUUUGGUUUCCUUGCUCUGCCUACUGAAGGGUUCUUACUCCUUAUUAAUCCCAAUGGACCAAAUCCCACCCCCCUUCCUUUUCUUUUAAGUUGUACAGCAAAGUGAUUCUUAUGCCAUGUUCUCCUACUCUUGGUACCCUUUUUGUUGAGUGAACUUUGACAAAAUAAUUAUUUGCAUGCGGCCCAUGUUUGC